AUGGUGGUGCAAAGGCCCUUUCUGGGUGCAACGUGUAAGAGGCACCGUCACCAGAACCUGCUUAGAAAGCUGAGGCCCAUACGAAUCCUGGGUUUUGUGUUCAGCCUGGUAGCCAUAAGCGCUAUCUCCUUUUCCUUCAGCGCCUUGACAUGGAGCUCAGGGACCCACUCGGAGCUGCUCCUGCCCCAGGAGGCCCUCCUUCAGUCUGGUCCGGCUCCCCACAGGACUCUACUUUCCACUCAGCACCAGAGGGACCCCAAUGUCUCAGCCGACAUGCCCGUGGCCAUGAGGUCUUCGGCAGACGGCAACGAGAGCCAGGGGGACUACCCCACGGACCUGUUCACCCUGGAAGAGAGGCGCCAGGGUGCUGUGGUGCUCCACAUGUUUGGGAUGCUGUACAUGUUCAUCUCUUUAGCCAUUGUGUGUGAUGAGUUCUUUGUGCCCGCUCUGACAGUCAUCACAGAGAAGCUGGCCAUCUCUGAUGACGUGGCGGGGGCCACCUUCAUGGCGGCAGGUGGGUCAGCACCCGAGCUCUUCACUUCGGUCAUCGGCGUAUUCAUCUCCCACAGCAAUGUGGGCAUCGGAACCAUUGUGGGCUCAGCUGUCUUCAACAUUCUCUUCGUCAUUGGAAUGUGCGCCAUCUUCUCCAGGGAGAUCCUCAAUCUGACCUGGUGGCCCCUCUUCCGUGACGUCUCCUUCUACAUCAUGGACCUGAUCAUGCUCAUAUGUUUCUUCCUGGAUAACUACAUCUCCUACUGGGAAAGUAUUGCUCUGCUCUCAGCCUAUGCCACCUAUGUGAUCUUCAUGAAGUUCAACAGCAAUGUCGAGGGCUUUGUGAAAGGCUGCAUGUACAAGAAUCAAGUGGUGGAGGUGGAGGUUCAGCCCAAGGUGAGUCUAUUUCCCUUCAUAUAUUUUUCUUUAUCUCUCUUUCCUCUCAGAGCUUCAUCAACAUUUUCUCUGCCUCCCUAUCUUUCAAAUGA